AUGUCCGGAACCAAUCAUCAGGCGGGGGGAGACAAACCUCGCAAGUCUCUGAUUCUCAAUGCUUUUGUUGAAAUGUGUAGUGGACAUCAGUCUCCAGGACUCUGGCGGCACCCUGAAGAUGAAUCGCAUCGAUUCAACGACGUGGACCACUGGAUUGAGCUUGCGCAAUUACUCGAGUCUGCCAAAUUCCACGGAAUUUUCAUUGCUGACGUUCUCGGUGGUUACGAUGUCUACAAGGGACCUAGGAACCUGGAUCCAUCAAUCAUCUCAGGUGCCCAAUGGCCCGUGAAUGAGCCCUUGGCAGUCGUGCCAGCAAUGGCUGCGGCGACGAAGAGUAUCGGAUUCGGCGUGACAGUCACAACGACAUACGAGCAGCCAUAUCACCUUGCCAGGAGACUUUCCACGAUCGAUCAUCUUACCAAAGGACGUGUCGGCUGGAAUGUUGUCACUGGAUAUCUCGAUUCCGCUGCCCGAAACCUAGGCGCAGCUGAGCAGCCACAUCACGAUGACCGAUACGCUAUAGCGGAAGAAUACAUCAAGGUCGCUUACAAGCUUUGGGAGUCAUCUUGGCGGCAAGAUGCAGUCGUGCUCGAUCGCGAGCGCGGCGUUUACACAGACCCCACACGCAUCCGUCAAAUCAAUCACGAGGGCAAAUACUUCAAGGUGCCAGGACCUCAUCUCACCCAGCCCAGUCCGCAGCGCACGCCCGUGAUUCUACAAGCCGGAACAUCCAAGGCCGGAAAGACCUUUGCCGCACAGCAUGCUGAGGCCAUCUUCGUCGCGGGACAUAGUCCUACCGUUGUAGCCAAGAACGUUGCUGAGAUUCGCCAACUUGCGCAGAGUGAGUUUGGUCGUGAUCCGCAGAGUAUUAAGUUCCUGGCACUGUUGUGUCCGGUUCUCGGUCGGACUGAGGAGGAGGCUCAGGAGAAGUUCAAGUCUUAUCGACAACUUGGCUCGAUUGAUGGUGCUUUGGCGCUGUUUGGUGGCUGGACUGGGAUCGAUCUGGAUAAGUAUGGUGAUGAUGAGGAGCUGCGUCAUGUCGAGAGCAAUGCAAUCCGAUCCGCUGUUGAAGGUUGGUCUAAGGCUAUGCCCGGAGUUUCCAAAUGGACCAAGAAGACCGUGGGCGAACACAUCACCGUGGGUGGUCUUGGUGCCACGCCCGUCGGCACACCGCAGCAAGUCGCCGAUAACAUGGAGAGAUGGGUCGAAGAAGCCGAUGUGGACGGAUUCAACCUGGCAUACGUUAUCAAGCCUGGCUCUUUCAAGGAUAUCAUCGAUCUGCUCAUUCCCGAGCUUCGCAAGCGCGGUCUCUUCCAUGAUGAAUAUGCAGUGGAGAAGGGGACCUACCGUGAGAACCUUUACACACGGCCUGGCCAGACUGGUCCGGCUGCAGACCACCCAGCUUCGAAGUACCGGUGGAACGCGGGUGUUGACGCGGCCGACGCCGUUUACCCUCAAGACUAA